AUUCUAUGUGGAUCUGUUUGUCUAUAAUUUAGAGUUAGUUGGAUAAAACCUUUUAGUUAAAUACACGUUUCUUGUGAAUAAGUGUAAAACACGACAGUUAAGUCCUGAAACCAUGUUUUCCAGUUCAUAUAUCUGUAAUAAUAACUUUUAAUCUUCUGUAACUUGUUAUUAUUUCUUGCAGCUGAAAGUUUAGUGUCUCUGGUUUGACACUUUUGUCCAACAUGUCUCAGGUUUCAAACUCAGACAGGAUUUGUCUCCAUCCUGUUCUCCACACCACGACAUGUGGAAAAUGUUCAGCAGGGAAAACUGCAGCCUGGAGAGGAUUGUCUAAAAACCUCUCUCACAUUUCGAUGCGUUUCACAAGGAUGAAGGAGUGAACUGAUGCUGGAUUCAGAGCAGACUCAGUUCACUCCUUCACACAGGAUUCACCAGAGACAAUCCUGGAUACAAACAUCUUACCUGAAGAGAAGAACUGGACCGUUGCUCAGUGGGUCAAAGUCCUGUUUUCAGAUGAAAGUAAAGUUUGUAUUUCAUUCAGAAAUGAAGGUUCCAGAGUUUGGAGGAAGAAUGAAGAGAACCAGAAACCAAGUUGAUUAAAGUCCAAAGUGAAACUGACUGGAUAGAAAUUAAAAGUCUUUUCAGAAACCUGAUAUCUCUGUUUAGGAUAUUUAUGUUUUUAUUGGUCUUAUGCAGUUUUCUAAUUGUCUGUAAAUAAUAAUCACCAAAAUUACAAGAAGGCUCAGAGAAUAUAAUCUAAAUAUUUUAUUUAGAUAUAAACAAUCUAAAUAAAAUAUUUCAUAAUAAAAGUUUCAGAAGGAGCAGAGAAUAAAAACAUGUUCUGUUGUCUGACGGCUGUAUAGUUUUAUUACCACAAGGUGGCAGUAUUGAUCUGUUUCUAAAUAAAGUUAAUUCUGUAGCAGGAAUCCAGAUGUUCCUUGUAUUGUUAGUGAUGAUGUUCCUGAUGUCCUGCUGCCUCUCCUCCUCUUCCUCUCUCAGGAUGAAGAUGAUCUCCAGGAUCCUGCUGCUCCUCAUCCUCAGCUCAUGUCUCUGUGCAGCAACAUUUGUAGUGAAUGUGACACAGAGCAGCUAUCAGGCAGAGGAGAACCACAGCAUCACUCUGGAGUGGACCUUCACCACCAAGACUCAGGGAUCCUGGAAGAAUCUGUUCAUCUACUGUGAAUUCAGAUCAUCAGUAAAGUCAGGGGUAAUAUAUCUUCAUCAUGAUGGUGAUGAGUUUCCAGAGUCUCAGGAUGAACAGUUUUCAGGACGAGUCCAGAUUGACAAAGACGUCCUCAGUGAAGGACGAAUCAGAUUAAAUGUGUCCAGACUGAGGACUGAAGACUCUGGUCAGUAUCUGUGUGACGUGAAAACUGAAGAUGGAUUCAACUCUGGAAGAUGUCGACUCAACGUUACUGCAGCUGCUGAUCAGAUCCAAACUCAGAGCCCAACUUUGACUCCAGAACCAGAACAAAGAUCGAACAUCUUCAUCAUCAUCAUCAUCUUCAUCACUGUGGGACUGACAGCAGCAGCUCUGAUGUUUCUUCUUUCUUAUUUUUUAGUGAAAUGUUUUCUACCAGCAGAUGUUUAUUUUAGUAAUGAUAAAGAGACAAGAGAGAGUUCAGUCACUUCAUCGUUAGAAACACUUUGAUCAGAAUGAGAGGAAUGUAGAUUUGUAGCAUCAACACAACAAACUCAUUUAUUUGGUUGAUUAUUUUCAGCAGCUGAAAGAUUUUAAAACUGAAACUCGACAUAAAUGAGCCUCAAUAAAGAUAAUUUAAUCUAA